CAGUCCUGGUUGGACCCGCCGGGCGCUUGCAGCUUCCAUGGCGGCGGCGUCGCUGCUCCCGCGGCUGCUGUUGCUCGCCUUGCCGGGCUUCUUGCCGGCUGUGCUCUCGCUUCCCUUCCCGAGCGCCGGCUCGGAGCCCACGCACAGCUGCUCGGUGUUGCUGGACCCGGUCUCGGGGCAGCUGAGGGUGGAAAACGGCUGGGAUCCCGCAGCGGUCGCUCAGGCCAACCUCACUGACAGCAUUCGGAGCACUGGAUGGUCCUUCUUGGAACUGGCCACCAGUGAGAAGUAUAAUGACAGUCUCCAGGCCUAUGCAGCAGGGGUGGCUGAAGCUGCAGUGUCUGAGCAGCUCAUAUACAUGCACUGGAUGAACACCAUGGUGGGCUAUUGUGGCCCCUUCACGUACCAAACUGACUACUGUGAGAAACUGAAGAGCUAUAUUGAAGCUAACCUGGCCUGGAUGGAGCAGCAGAUGGAGACCCAGCAAGAUUCGGCAUUCUGGCAUCAGAUUCGUCUUGCCUUGCUGCAAUUGAAAGGUCUUGAGGAUGGUUACAACGGACGUGUGGCCUUCCCUUCUGGCAAGUUCUCCAUCGCCCCCUUUGGCUUUCUUUUGUUCCAGUUGGGGGGCGAUUUGGAAGACCUGGAAGCGGCCUUCAAUAAAUCCGACAGCCAGCGUGUCCUUGGUUCUGGCUCCUGCUCUGCCCUGAUCAAGCUCUUACCCGGCAACCAGGACCUCCUAGUCUCCCAUGACACGUGGAACAACUACCAGUCCAUGCUGCGCAUCAUCAAAAAGUAUACCUUGCCAUUCCGGACUUCUGCUCAGAGUGACACUGUGAUUCCCGGCUACACCCAGGCUUUCUCCUCAUAUCCAGGUGCCAUUUUCUCUGGAGAUGAUUUCUACAUCUUGAGUAGUAACUUGGUGGCUCUGGAAACCACAAUUGGGAACAGCAACAAUGAUUUGUGGAAGUAUAUCCAGCCCUCAGGCAGUGUUUUGGAAUGGCUACGCAACAUAGUGGCCAAUCGACUGGCCACAAGCGGAGCAGAAUGGGUACUCCUCUUCAAGCAGUUCAACAGCGGCACAUACAAUAACCAGUGGAUGAUUGUGGACUAUAAGUCUUUCAUCCCAGGCAAGUCCAGUCUCCAGGAGGGCGUGCUGACUGUCCUGGAACAGAUCCCUGGGAUGAUGAUUGCAGAUGACAAGACUCGGGAGCUAUAUCAGCAGGGUUACUGGGCAAGCUACAAUGUGCCGUAUUUUAAAGAGAUUUUCAAUGCCAGCGGCCUUCCUGAGCUGGUGAAGAAGUAUGGCGACUGGUUCACCUAUGAUAAAAACCCCAGAGCCCAGAUCUUCCGUCGCAACCAGACUCUCAUAACAGACAUGGACUCUAUGAUCCGUCUCAUGAGAUUCAACAACUUUUUAAUGGAUCCGCUGUCCCGGUGCCAAGAGUGCUACCCACAACAAAACGGGGAGAACUCGAUUGCUGCCCGCUCGGAUCUUAACCCUGCCAAUGGCACAUAUCCCUUUGGGGCCUUGCGCCAGAGACCGCACGGGGGCACCGACAUGAAGGUCACUUCCUUUGAGAUGGCUAAGAACUACAGCUUCAUCGCCACCAGUGGGCCCACCUGGGAUUACCUCCCUCCAUUCCAGUGGAGCACCUCCCCCUUCAUCAAUCUGCUACACAUGGGUCAUCCUGACCAGUGGAAAUUCUCCCCCAUCCAAGUCCGCUGGGGCUGAUGCCCUGCUGGGGUUGGACUUUACUCAUUACUCCGGGCUCUAUGAGUGCAAUACGAGCUGUUGUGGUGUAGCGGAGAAGUGGGUGCUGCACCCUUGACUGGCUCUCGUUGAAGGAAUAAUGGAUGCACUGUUUUUUAUUCUUGAAAGGGUGAGAGCAUUUGAUAACGAUGGGACAUAAUCAGGGUUUGCUAUGUACAGGGAAAGUAAUGCAGAAUGUGGUUUGAGGGUGCAGAAUGCCUGAGAAUCUUAGCUUUUUUUUAAAGGACAAGUUUCUAGCCUGUAUUGACUACAAAGAUAAGAUUGAUAAUUUGUUGGCAAAUGAAGAUCUCAGAAACUAGAGAGGUGGCUGAAUAAGAUUCCCAGGGUGUGGAGCUACAUCACCCAUCUACCCCUUUGUUGUUCCCUAUUUCUACCAAACCUGAUCAGAGUUCUGGGCAGAGUUACACCCUUCAAAGUCCAUUGAAAUCAGCAGACGUAGAAAAGUGUAAUUUAGGGUUGCACUGCAAAUGAGAAGAAUCCUACUGGUUAGCAUAACCUACACAAAUCACUGAAUUCAGCAUUGCUUGAUGCAGAAUUUUAAUACUACUUAGAUCAAAUAUGGUACAUAAAAAAAAUUGUUACCAAUGAGAGAUGUUCUCUUCUCCUUUCUCUUUCCUGAUAAAAGAGAACAAGACGACACUUUCUGUCUUUGCUUUUCCUGUUUGGCUCUGCUACUGGUCCUGAACUUAAGAAGCUCCAGCAAUAUCCCUGAAAGUGGCAUCCAUUCAAGAUUUCAAAUCAAUUUCUUGCCCCCGAAGGAGUAAUCUUGUUGCAACUCCUAUAAUUGUAUUGUAGUAAAGUAUGCGGAUUUAAUCGCACAAGAAGCCCUGUUGUAGCAAGGUAUGCAGAUUUAAGGUCACGAGAAGCCUUGGAGAUUCCAAGCUAGGGAAUUCUCUCUUGAAUGUGAUUAACCAAAGAUUUGAGUCCAUAUAUGAUGCAAACUUAAACUAAUUUUAAGUUGGCUUAAAUGUCAUGGCUUCAGGAAUCCUCCAUUUAGAAAUGCACAGUGCACACACAGGUACCAAAUUUUCCAGAAUACUUAUGAAAAAAACCAUAAGAGUUAGUUUUCUAUUUCUAGUGCAGAUAAGUCCAUCUUUUCCUCCAUUUAGUUUUUCCUGACCUGUUUAAUUCUUCCUCAUAUCUUCACGUAACGUUUCCUCUUUGAUUGUUGUGUGUGAGUUAUGCUUCUCUGCAUUUGUGCAUGUAUGAAAACAAACAAAUUUUCCUGUUCACCUGAAAAGCAAUCUCUAGGCUUGAAAGAAAUAUUUGCCCUUUCUAGAAAUUAUUUUGCCUCGUAUUAGAGUUGCGUUUAUUGUCCCUGUUGAGUGUCUGAGUUUAAUUUUAAAUGUUGUACUAAGCAUGUGCAGAGUGCCUUUCUAGCAAUUCUGAAUAGCGUCCCCUCGAAAUAUCUGGGGUCAAUAGGCAGAGUGUCUGGAUGAAACCAUAUUCUAGCUUUGUUAGGUAGAUCUGGAUGCCAGCAUCUUUUUAAAAAAAUUGAAUUGUUGGCUAAGGUCAUUCUGUAAGACCUCAGGGUAUGGGUUUGGAAGGAAUGUUCCACUGAUGAUGAUGUCAGUUUCUAUCAAUUCCUGACAUUGGCAGGAAACUUCUCAGAGUGCUCACAGAGUCUUGUGGUCCUUUGCUGAUUUCUGGGGCAAAGCAAAUUUAAAAGGAAAUUCAGCUAAACUGAAGGCCGCUUGGCAGUUCCCGUUGUUCUCAUCUUUAAUAUAUGGAGGAACCUGGGCUCGCUUUGCCUGCCCUUUAAGAUACCCUCUCUAUCCCAACCCCUUCCUCGCUUCUUUCUCUCCCGCUGAGCUCCUGUCUUAUCUGUCCAGUGCAGACUGUAAGCCCUCUGAGAAGGAUCAUUUCCUGUGGUCUGUAGAGGGAAGACCAUGCUGUCAUUUUGUUAAGGCAUUUUUAUUCAUGACACUUAACAAAGGCUGCUUCAGUAGUACACCUGCGUUAUUUUAAAAUGUGUCACUAAAAGCUGAAGGAGGGAGAGAGGUUUUCUGGCAAGCAGGUUAUAUAAGCAGGAUAUCCACGUUAAAGGGCCAGGGUUGGCUAAAGCUCCCUCUUAAUCAUAUGUUUAGCAAUAUUCUGGGAUUUGCCUCUUUAGAAUGUGUGAAUCAGACCUGCUUAGAGCACCUUUUGAACCUUUUUGGGUCUACUUGCAUAUGCAGGUGGAGGAUGUGAGUGCAGAACAGAAAAGGGCCAAUUUUCACUUGAUCAAAUGCUUUAGCCAGUGUGGGUUUUAUAUUCUAAUUGUUGGAAGGAGAAAUGCAAGAAAGCAUUUAUUCAAAAUGUGUGCAAUUAUGUGGGCUGUUUGUGUCUUCCGCCUGCCUCCGGUCAAAGGGAAAUGGAUCCGGCUGGUGGCAGCCCAGGACCUUCCUUGUAAAUCAGGGUAUGGGUUCAUUAGCUGUAUGAAGGAAUUUCUGUCUCUCAUGUUAAAAAAAAAUCAAAGAACACUUGAUUUUUUCCCCUUAAUAAAUAUCUAAACAAACUUG